GAUAAAUAUAUACACAUGUAAUAUUACGUAUCUUGUAGAACAUGAAUUUAGGAGAAGAAAAGGGUCCAGGUAGUAUGAAGGAAAAAAGGCAAAAAAAAAAACAAACUUCAUGCAACAUAUAAAUUCCAAAAGAAUUUAAGAUUCGACUGAAAUAUGUAAGAGGUUGUUAACGUUACGCGCAUGCGUGUGUAGGAUACUUAUGCUACUUGAUAAAAUACAUAUACGAAAACGAGUAUAUAUUAACUCUAUAACAUCAAUAAGAAACUUACACAUCAAUUAAUAUAUUCCCUUUCAUGAGAAUUUAAGAUUUAUCCUGGAUCUUUAAGAAUAUUUGGAAUCUGAAAACUGCGUCUACACACACAUUGCGUGUAAUAACGGAUAAAAGAGAAGAAGUGACAACGUCGCAUUUUGCUUGCUCGAAGUGCAAUGUUGCAGUUAUACGAUGAAGUGGUAUAGAAGUGUGUCUUCGUUCUUAGUAUAUUUGUAAUAAACAUACGUUUUCGAAACGUGGAUUAUAUGUGCACCAUUGACUACAGUCUUCUACUCAAUAUUGUGAUAUUAAAAAACAGUAAAGUGUUACAAAAUAAAUGAGAUUGCUGUGAUAUUUCUCUAUAUACUGCCUCUCUUUAAAUAAUGGAGACAUUAAGGAAUGAUACAGUGCAUGUUUCCACGUCCAUUGCAUCUAAUCAUGCACAAAUCGAUAUACAAAAUACUGAUGAAUUAUCAAAACAAAAAGAAGAAGAACUUUUAUACAGAACAGGUGAAGAUGGAGAUGAAGAAGAAGCCUUGUCAGAUGAUAGUUUGCGUUUACGAUUAUCUGAUGAUGAGGCCGAAGUAGAAGAAGUUACCUUAACAUGUGUAAAUCCUAAUCAAAGUGAUAAAGAAACAGAAAAUAUGGAUGAGAAAAAUGAAGAAAAAUGUAAUAAAAAAUCUGAUAAUGAAAUAGAUAAUAAUUUGAUUAAAAAAAAUUGUGAUGAUAGUAAAUUAGCUGAUGAUUUAAAUAAUUCUAAGAAUUUAAAUAAUUCGAUUUGUAAAGAAAAUGAUAAAUCUUCCUUAAAAGAAAAAAAUGAAGAUAAAGAGUGCAGUCAAUUAAAGUUAGAGGAUCAGAAUGAAGAAGUAGAUAUUAAACAAAAUGAUCAAUGUUGUGAUGGAAAACAGAAUUUAAGACUAAUUAAGAAUGAGAAAGAAUUAAACAGCAAUUAUAAUAUGACUGUUUCUAAUAGUAAGAAUGAUCAUUCUACAAUUGAUGAACAUUCUGAGGAUAAACAGAAAAUUAAUACAAGCACUACUAUAUUAAAUCAAUGUCAGGAAAAUAGCCAACAUGCAAUAUCAAAUCUUAAUAAUGAUAAUAAUAAAACUGUACAAAAUUGUCUUAUAAUCGAUCAAAAAGUUAAUAAUAGUAAAUGUGGUAAAAAGGUUUUAGACGAUGAAAUCAAUUCAUGUCAAUCUUCAAAUUUGUCUGAUAAUCAUUCUUUAAAAAAGCAAACUGGAAAGUUGAAUUCAUCAAAAAUUAUUUCUGAUAACAAUAAUACACGUAAUAUUAAUCAAUCAACAUCAGAAGCUAUUACUGUGGACAGUGACAUUAACGAACUUUUAAUUUCUACUGAUGAAAGUUCGUCAAUAGUAAGUAGAGGCACAUCAUUAGAGUCCACUGGCGAUGCAAAAAAUGUAAAUGAUGAAAGUGAAAAAAGAAAUUUAGAAAUUCCAAAACCACGGAGAAGAAGACGAUCAAAAAAAUUGGCUGCUUUAUUAGCACGAGAUAAUGUUCAAGAAAAUAGGCAAGGAAUAGAAGGGCGACAGAAACGAAGAACAGCAAAAAAUGCAGAAGAAAUUAUAAGGAAAAAGUUCUUGGUACAGGAUAGUGAUGUAGAAUCUAGUGAUAAUUCUGAUAAAUUUGUAACUGUAAAUCAUAAAGCUAAUCAACAUAUGGAAUCUCUUUCUCCUUCAUUAAAACGAAAUUGUUCUGAUAUGGAUGUAACUAUUAAUGGUAAUAACAAAAGGCUCAGAAGUUCAGAGCUCGAAGAUGUUACGAUAAAAGAUGAUCACAGGGAUGAUAUUAAAAGUCUUAAUUAUAUACAUAAGUUUUUCAGAAGAGAUCUCAAAGAAAAAUUACCUAAAUUAAAACAAGAAGAACUGGAGGAACUUUUAAUACAGAAAAUUGUAGAGACUAUAACAAUGCGUGGUGAAAUUGGAAGAUUGAGAGAGCAAGCACGAAUAUCUGAAAAAAAUCAGGAAGCAACGCGUACUAGGUGUCAACUAUUAGCAAAACAAAUUAAGGAUUUUGAAAUGGUUUUAAGUCGUAAUGCGGCAGAUCGACGGGCAAAUAAUGAUAAACCAACUGCACCGAUAAAGAUUAAUCGGUCUGUUGGAUUACAAGUUAAUUUUAUUACGGAACAUGGAAUACAAAGUUUAAGACAGUUACAUCAAAGUCCUACAUUAAAAUCUGUAAAUAUAUCCACUACAAUUAAUUCUGUAGUUAAUGAAACGAACAAUAAUGCACUAAAUCAAAGAAAAGGAAUAAAAGUAAGAUCUCCCAGGAAACUUGAGACACCUAUAGUUGCUCAACCUGUUACUAUAUCGCACAAUGUAGUGCAGCCUCCACCAUUAAUUUCUACUGUGACUCCAACUGCUUUGGUUGUGUCUAAAAAUGUUGAACCUCAACACUCUGUAAAUUUGCAAAAUCAACCCAAUAAUAUUCAACAAUUAUUACCAAAUCAACAACAAACAGUUGUACUAAAUGGAAAAGUUCCACUUCAAACAAAUCGACAAAGUACAACGAUUAAUGUUUCUAAAACGAAGACUAAUGAUCUCAUUGAUUUAACAGAUGAAGAAGAAAAAAAUAAAUCUACAGUAAGUAUAACAAGCGUGACCACAAGCGCAGAUCCAGGAGUAAACGUUAAACAGAAAACACCGCAACCCUGUUUUCCUAGAGUAAUUCAAACAAUUCCUGCAAAUGUAGCUAUAACGACUCAACCUGCUAACAUCAGAGUGGUGCAUACAGCGAGUCAUCCAACACCAACUGCUUUAGUAAAUAAUAUGAACGCACCUAGAUUAGCAUAUGUAAUGCAAAGUGGAGUUGGUGCAGGAAGACAGCUAUUAAUAACAUCAAAUUCUAAUCAGAUACGACCUGUAAAUUCAGGUAAUAGGCCACCAUUUACAACUCUUGCAUAUAAAAAUGGCAUUUCAACAAAUGCAAAUGGUACUGUACGUGUAAUAACAACAUCUGCUGGUCCAAAUGUACAACUAAAAAAACAUCCAGCACCUCUUCCAGACUCUCCUCAUUAUGCCAUUAAUCCUGUAUCAAAACUGCCUCCGCCAGCUCCUUCAUUAAAAAUAUCCAAAGUUGCAAAUGGUAUAGUGUUAUCGUGGAAUAUGACACUUUCAGAAAAAUAUGCCGAUAUAGUUAGUUACCAAUUAUAUGCUUAUCAAGAAGUCGCAGGUGUGCCUCCAAGCACAGGUCUUUGGAAGAAAGUUGGCGAUGUUCGAGCUCUACCACUGCCUAUGGCUUGUACUCUUACUCAGUUUUCAGAAGGUAACAAUUAUUACUUUGCAGUCAGAGCAGUCGAUACACAUUCCAGGAAAGGACAGUAUAGUGCACCUGGCAAUAUUUCUUUGUAAAAUAUGAAUUGUGGAAAUAUUCAUAUGUACGAGAUAUAUUCUCUUUAGAACUUUUUUAAUUUUAAAUAUAACAUUUGUAUACACAAUGAAAGAUGCUUCACAGCCCACAUAACAAAUAUAAUUACAUUAUUAUCAGUUACUUUACAUUUUCAUCGUAAAAUAUUCGUUUUAUUUGAACAAAAAAAUAAGUGAUUGGUAACUUGUAAUUAUAUCGAUUGUAUAAAUUUUAUAAAUGAAAUAUGUCAGAAAAUUAUUCUAGUCCAAAUAUAUAUUCCUAUUUAAUAUAUAAUAAUACUCACUCAAAAUAGCAAAGGGUGGUUUGUGAAGCAUAUUACGAAAAAGAAAAGAAAACUGACGAAACAAAUCAAUUAUGGAAACAGAGUGUCGAGAAAGAUGUGAAAAAAAGUGUUCAAAGUAGGGCUUGUCAUUUUUUUACUUCUUUUUAUAGACCAACUAAUUUAUAGAAACUCUUAAUAAGUUUCCUUUAAUUUAUACGUAUGUAUGUGAUUAUGUGAAUCUCUUAUUAAUCAAGAAAUUAAUAAUUCUAGAUAUUACGAAUAAAUCUUUAGUAAGCACAAGUUGCUUAAUUUUUA